UGAAAGCAAUCAUCACUGCAUUCUCGAGUAUCCGCGCACAAUUGCCACAGCCAUUGUUUGUGCGUUUACAAAGCUUCCGUUGCUUGCUCCUCUGACUACCAGCUAGUGAUCUUAUCCCACAGUUUUCUGUAAGCUAAGCUAAGCCUAACUAAGCCAAGGAAGAUGAAGGCGACACAGAUACCGGUAUCCUUAGCCCUCACCGUGGGAUUGUGCAGAUUGGUGUUACUGACCGUUGUCUUCUAUCACCUUUCAAGUGCUACUGGUAGUAGCUUUAGCAGUAAGAGUACUAGUAGCCCCAAUGACAAACAAGUUGACAUUGCUGCUGCUGAACCUACCGUUACUACUAUUGGUACUAUUGGUACUAUUGGUACUACUAUGCAUAGUAGAACUAGUGAGCAUGCUUCAGAGCCUGCCAAGUCCAAGUUCAAGUCAAAUUCUGAUGCUUUGUCUGUGUCUGUGUCUGUGUCUGUGUCUGUGUUGACCACUGGGGGAAUGUCUUACAGAUUUGCUUCUGACUCCACAGUAUGGGUGGGAUGGUCCUUUUGCAAUCAAGCAAGGGAACCUGAUGCUUAUCAAGCAUUGAAGCUGCCUUCACCCAGAAGAGCUAUCUGCCCAAAAAUCACUCAUCAAGACAAUGAUCUUACCUAUCCUCAACCCAUUCCAAACCUUGCUGCUAGUACCAGUAUCGUAAACUCAGACAGUAAAUACGUUUACCCAGAAACACCAGAUGAAUAUGCCAGAGCCAAGGAAGUUUACCUCAGCCACAAAUGCAAAGAUGCCACUUGGGCUGUCAUGUUCAAAUCGGGAAAUUUUGACAGCAAAACUGAGCAACUCUGCAAACACACUACUAGUACCGGUAGUACUGCUACCCAAAAUUCCACUCCAAUCAUACAGGGUCCCUUCAAUGACCUACCUAUGAACCAACCACUCAUGGUACAAGGCACUGUGAAGGGAAACUCUACCCACAAACAGUACUCAUACUUUGCAGGAACCUAUGAUGUAGACCCAUACUGGUCUCCAUUCAAAAUUCAACUAGUUCAAGCCGCUCUCCAUCAGUACACUCAAGAAUGGAUGACAUCAACAACCAACACCAACACACCAGCCAUACCGCCACUGCUGCAAAAUGCCAGCUACAUGUAUACGGGAUGGACCAGACAAAAAGACGUUGGCCUGGUAUACUCAUCCAUGAUUACAACCAGCGAGACACAUCCAUGGCUCAUGAACUAUUUACGCUCCAAUGAUCAUGUGUUCAGUCAAAAUCCAGUAGGAUUUGGAGGAUACCCUUGGAAGGGAGCCGGAAAUAUGAAAGGACCAGUUUCGGUACCUCCGUACUCUCAUCUGGAGGCAGCAAAUAAAAAACUCAUCAUGACCAUUCGAAUGGACAUUCUGCAAGAACCAGCCAACUUGAGAGGACUCUUUUACAUGCCAGAAUUCAGUGGGUGUUGGAAAAAGAGUGAUGGAUCACCCUGUGAUCCAGGAGACGACAACCUAGAAGACAAUUUGACUCGAUAUCUCUGCUAUGGAGUGUCCCCCAAAACGUCUUCGCCCUGUUCGGCCAAGACGACACAUGCUUGUCCGCCUUGGCAUUUUUCUUACGAGUUGCAAGAAUGGGUAUCGGCACGCAACAACACACACUAUCCCUACGAAUGCUAUCACCAGUACUGUGGACCUUUUACCCACGGAUGUGAUCCCUACAGCAAUCCCAUUCCGCAAGAACUGGUUCAGGUCAAAACUUGCAAAGAAUGGGGAAACUACGGCUUCCCAACUUCACCUUUGCAGAUUGGAAAAGCCAAAACGUGGCAUCUCAAUGUCGGUGCCUUGGGUAAUGCCGUCUACUUUUACGAUGCCAAACACAACGACGGCAAGCAGGCGCCGCCCGACAACCUACCGCCUAGACGAUGGAUUUCAUUCGAUGUAGGGCCCGAGGUGGGAGUGGGCAGCCCGAGAAAUCCAGCCGAUGCCAUGACGACGACACGAUGGCAAGUGAGUGAAUGGGAUGUACGACUUGUAGAGGACGACCAGGGCGAAUUUGCGUAGCAAUAAUGCAUCGGCAGUUGACAAUCGACCAUGCUAUCGGAAAGAUCCGUUUAGUUGGUUAAUAAAAAAUGUGGGUAUAAAAUAAAGCUACAUAAUUAUGAAGAGCUCAAAA